AACACUGGUGGCGCCUGAAUACUGGACACUACCUAAAGCUACGUCUUGCUCAAAGCGUGUAUCCAGGAUGUGUGAUAAAACGGUACUGAAGUCGCUGAUGCUGGCGGCGGUGGCUGCGUGCGUGGUGGCGCGGCCGGAGCCUCCGUCGUCGUACGGAGCUCCCUCUUUCAGCGCGCCGUCGUCCUCAUAUGGCGCGCCCGCGCCUCAGUACGGACCCCCGCAGCAGCAGCCGAUUGUGCACAAACACGUAUACGUGCACGUGCCUCCCCCGGACAACGAGUAUCCGGCUGCCCGCAAGCCGAUCUACGUGCCUCCUCCUCAGAAGCACUACAAGAUAGUGUUCAUCAAGGCUCCGACCCCGCCGACCCCGACCGCACCCAUCAUCCCGGUGCAGCCUCAGAACGAGGAGAAGACCCUCGUGUAUGUUCUGGUGAAGAAACCCGAGGAGCAGCCUGACAUCGUUAUCCCGACGCCAGCGCCCACGCAGCCCGCCAAGCCGGAGGUCUACUUCAUCCGGUACAAGACUCAGAAACAAGAAGGCUACCCUGCCGCUCAGCAGCCCCAGCAGGAGUACGGCGCACCCGCGCCCGCGUCCGCGCCCUCCUCCGAGUACGGAGCCCCGUCCGGCGGUAGCUCCUACUGAUCUCGAGACAGCUGAUCCGGCCCUCGUGACACACCUACUCUACUAUCUACCAAAAACAUGAAACAAGCAACAAAGCAUUGCAAUAUAGCAAUCACAUAUGUGAUUUGCCAGCGUACUACUGUGAUAUUGUGUUUCAACAAAGUCUUCUAGAAACGCUCGCAGUACGCUCAGAGGUUAGGUUUACCACGGUGGCGCAACGUCAAACUUCUGCAAGUUUUUGUAUCUUACAUCAAAUUGAUGUCAAUGUUUGUAAAUAUACUUAUUAUUUUUUAUAUAAAUAAAUGUUUUAUAAGUUAA